AUUUAUUUUCAGAAAAAGGAAGUGUCAGACCCCACAGAGUUCUAGGCGCUCCCAGAGACACUAACCUGUUGAAAAUCUUGUCCAGCUGAGCAGUGACUUCUGUGGUGUCUUGAAAGCAGGGACAGAUCACAACAGUUGUCUUGGGAGAGGAGGCUCCAACAGGAGCAAGACUGCCCAGGAUGUCCAACUGCCUGCCAAAACUGACCACAGGGCUGCUGAGCCACAGGCUCGGGGCUCUGUUUAUCCUCGCCAUUUCAUUUGUGUUCUUGACCUCUGUCAUGUUCUACUGGAGAAGUGAGGAGGAUGCUGAGGGCCAGUUCUACAGCUUGCCUACACAAAACAGGUGUGAUCAAUUUUUGCCUUACCUUCCCCAUCCCACCGUCGGUGGGUCCCCUCCUCCACCAGGGGACGUGUUUUUUGUGGAGACCUCAGAGCGAACUGACCCAAGUUACCUGUUCACAUGCUCUGUGGAGUCAGCAGCCAGGAUGCACCCUGGGACAAGGGUCGUGGUGCUCAUGAAAGGUUUGGCAAACAGUAAUGCCUCGUUACCCAACCACUGGGGCUUCUCGUUGCUGAGCUGCUUCCCCAACGUGGAAAUCCGGCCCCUGGACUUGACGGAGCUUUUCUCAGGGACACCUCUGGCAAAAUGGUACUUGCAGCCUGAGCACCAGAAGGAACCUUAUUUCUUACCCGUCCUUUCUGACGCCUGCAGAAUUACCAUCAUGUGGAAGUUUGGUGGCAUCUACCUGGACACAGACUUCAUUGUACUUAAGAACUUAAAGAACCUCACCAAUGCACUUGGUAUGCAGUCUCAGGAUGUACUGAAUGGGGCCUUUCUGUCCUUUACACCUAAGCAUGAGUUCAUAGAGCUUUGCAUGCAGGACUUUGUGGAUAACUACAACGGCUGGAUCUGGGCGCAUCAGGGCCCAGGACUCUUAACACGUGUCUUCAAGAAGUGGUGC